AUGAGACAACUCCUCCAGGCCGCCGCCGUGGUGGCGUUAUCAACACUACCCUCGAUAGCGUACGCCGACUCCCCUUCAGAUCUCUACUACUCCACCAACGACGCCCUCCUCUCCCAACCCGACAUCUUCUCCGCCUACGACGACCGGCCCAAAGACUGCCCGCCGUGCUUCGACUGCAACCGCUCCGACUUCACCUGCCAGCAAUUCGCAAACUGCUCCCAAGCCAGCGGCCGCUGCGAAUGCCCGCCAGGCUUUGGCGGCGAGGACUGCAGCAAACCCCUCUGCGGCUCUCUCGCCGACGGCAACAACCGCUCUCCGCGCAACAAGCAGAAAUGCCAGUGCAAGGAUGGCUGGGAGGGUGUCAACUGCAAUACCUGCCAGACCAACGAUGCGUGUCGGCCGUUCAUGCCGGGGGAUCAGAAGGAUAAUGCGGUGUGCUAUACGGAUGGCGUGGUAGUCAACGAGAACUUCCAGAUGUGCAAUAUUACGAACAAGAAGAUUGUGGAUCAGUUGAAGCAUGAUGGGAUUCCGCAGGCGACGUUUAGUUGCAACGCGGCGAGGAAGGAUUGCAACUUUCAAUUCUGGGUGAAGCAGAAAGAAAGCUUCUACUGUGCGUUGGACGAGUGCGAAUGGUCGCGAGAGGAGACGAACAACAGAAACACCACGACGUACAAGUGCGAGCACCUCAAAUGCAAGUGCGUACCUGAUCGCAUGUUGUGUGGCGCAAAGGGUGGUGUGGAUCUUACAGACUUCCUGGAGCAGUCCAUCCAGGGCCCGGCAUCCUUCAAGACGAUCAAAACAGAUGGCGGGUCGGACAGAGAUGGCAGUGUCUUCUCGGAGCCGAACAUGAACGACUUGAUCGGACAGAUCUUCGGCGAUCCGAGUAUUUACCUUGACUGCCGUGGUGGCGAAUGCCUGCACAACACCGAGGUGCCUGGGUACGAGCGACCGAUCAAGAAGAUCAAUACGCCUUUGAUCGCUGGUGUGAUUGCAGGACUUGCGCUUUUCAUUCUUGCUGUCAUACUGCUCGUCUUUCUGUUGAAUCGAAGACGUGCUGCGAGAUAUGGACGUGUUCGGCUGGACACCGAUGAGGAGGAAGAGAAUGCGCGGCUGCUGGCUGACCAUAAGCCUGCUGCACUGUACUUCGAGAACGUUCAUUAUGAGCUUAAGGGCAAGAAGAUUCUGUCUGACAUUGCCGGCGCUGUGCAUCCGGGGGAGCUGUUGGCCAUCAUGGGUGCGUCCGGUGCUGGCAAGACUUCUUUCUUGGACAUUCUGGCGCGGAAGAAGAAGCGCGGUAUGGCCAUGGGCGACUUCUGGUUGAAUGGUGAAAAGGUGUCGAAUGAUGACUUUAGAAGUGUCAUCGGCUUUGUGGACCAAGACGAUGCCAUGCUGCCUACGUUGACCGUCCAUGAGACCAUCUUGGACUCGGCACUCCUCCGCUUACCCAAGGAGAUGAGCCGUAAUGCGAAAGAGCAGAAGGUCGAAGAUGUCGAGAGACAACUAGGAAUCUACAACAUCCGACAUCAGCUCAUCGACUCAGAAGAAGGUGCAGGUCGUGGCAUUUCCGGUGGCGAGAAACGAAGAGUGGGCAUAGCUUGCGAGCUGGUGACAAGUCCGAGUAUCCUCUUCCUGGACGAGCCUACUUCUGGUCUGGAUGCAUACAAUGCGUUCAACGUAGUGGAAUGCCUGGUCACGCUCGUCAAGACUUACAACAGGACUGUCGUGUUCACCAUACACCAACCGCGCUCGAACAUUGUGGCCUUGUUUGACCAGCUCAUGCUGCUCGCUGAGGGCCGACUGGUGUACAGUGGACCAUUCAACAGGUGCCAGAGCUAUUUCGAUAGCAUCGGCUACUCUUGUCCACCUGGCUUCAACAUCGCCGACUACCUUGUAGACCUGACGAUGCAUGCGGGUACGCCAGUGGAGUCUGAGGAUGAUGAUGAAGACGACCCGAGCUACCUAUCAUCGAUUGAGAACGGCAGAAUGACCAGAGCUAGCUCGACCAUGGCCGUCAAAAGCGUGCCCAGCGUGAGCGGCAGCAUCGAAGAUCGAUCAUCUGUCCGACCAAAGGCAAGCAGGAAAUCGAGCGUCCGCCAACAACAAGAGCGCCAGCUAUAUAGCCGCCGCGACACCUCCGAAAACACCCACACGCCCACCAGCGUGCGAAGCGCCGGCGACAGCAUUCUCGAACGCGACCCCGACUCCGUCCGCCUCCGUCAACAACCCCCACCCAGCCUCUCGGACUCCCACGCCCUCCCACCGACCGCGGACAUCCCAACCUCCAACCUCGACCACCUCGUCGCCGCCUUCGCCGAAUCCUCCGUCUCCUCCGACCUUCACGCCUCCAUCGAACACGCCACCACCACCCCCUCCUCCGAACCCAACGGCGGCGGCGGGCAACCCAACGGCACCCUCUCCCACCCCCUCAAAGUCCGCGGCUACCGCAAACCCCACCUCCCAACCCAAUUCCUCAUCCUCUCCCGCCGCACCUGGCGCAACCUCUACCGCAACCCGCUGCUCAUGCUCACGCACUACGCGACGGCGCUCGUCCUCGCCGUGCUGACCGGCUACCUGUAUUACGGCCUCACGGACGACAUCGAAGGCUUCCAGAACCGGCUCGGCUGCUUCCUCUUCCUGCUGGCAUUGUUCGGCUUCUCUACUCUAACUUCUUUGACUGUAUUCGCGCCGGAGCGGUUGCUCUUCCUGCGUGAGCGCGCAAAAGGGUACUACCACCCCCUCUCCUACUACCUCGCCAAACUCGUCCUGGACAUCGUGCCCCUCCGCAUCCUUCCACCAAUCGUCAUGGGCGCGAUCGUGUACCCGAUGACGGGUUUACUCCCGCACUGGCCCGAAUUCGCGAAGUUUAUAAUGUUCAUCGUGCUCUUCAACCUCGCGGCGGCGACGGUGGUGCUGUUCAUCGGCAUCUGCGUCAAGAACCAGGGGGUGGCGAAUCUGUUGGGCGUGUUGGUGAUGUUGUUUAGUCUGUUGUUUGGGGGCACGUUGUUGAAUCAUAAGACGAUUCCGGGGCCGGCGAGGUGGUUGCAGCAGAUCAGUGCUGAUGGAGCAAUGCAGCUAUCCAUCUUCCACUUCGCCUUCGAAGGCAUGAUCGUCAAUGAAGUGCGCACGCUCAGUCUCGAAGAUAAAAAGUACGGGCUGGACAUUCAAGUCCCCGGUUCAACGAUUCUGUCGAGCUUCGGGUUCAACAAUCUCGCGUUGAAGGACGAUGCGGCGGGCUUGGCGAUUUUCUGCGCUGUGUUCUUGGUGCUGGGGUAUGCCGCUUUGCAUGUGUUGCUGGUCGAGAAGCGGUAG